UUCAACGGCAACUUCACCUAUUUAUACUUCUUUCAAACGUUUACUCUUCAUCCGCCUUUUUCUGUCAACUCUUCCAAACACACAUUCUUUCAUUCUCCCAAUCGCAUCCGAGCAGCAAUGGAAUUUUGGGGUGUUGAGGUUAAACCUAAUGAAACCCUUAAAGUCCCAGUCGAGGAUUUCAAGCUCCUUCACAUCUCUCAGGUUGCGUUGGGAGAGGUGAAGAAUGGGAAAAAGGUUGAGAAUGUCGCUGUUCGUGCUCACUUCAAUGAUCAAAAGUACGUUCUAGCAACUUUAUCUUCUGAACUUUAUACAAAUCGUUUAUUCCUUAACCAUGAUUGUUCUUUUGGAUUCACGGAUGAAGACUAUGAAUGUGAUUCUUCUGAUGAAGACGAAGCAAUGAACUUUCUUGCUAACGGUGCACCUCAAGGUAAGCCAAAAGCAUCUUUGAAGGAUGUGACUGAAGAAGAUGACUCUGAAGAAGAUGAUGACUCUGAAGAUGAUGAUAUGGUUGACUCAGAUGACUCGGAGGAAGAAGAAGAAGAAAAAAAAGAGGAAGUGAAGCCUGUGAAGAAACCUGUUCCAGCUGCAAAAAGACCUGCUGAAAGUGCACCCAAGACACCAGUUCCUGCAAAGAAAGCAAAAUCCAACACUCCUCAAAAAUCAGAUGGGAAGAAAGGUGGACAAACAGCAACCCCACAUCCAUCAUCAAAGCAAAGUUUCAAGAAAGGAAAGAAAAAUGGCAAUAGAUCAUAGAUUAUCGUUGUUAUUUUAUGAUGUUUUUUGUGUGUUUGUGGGCUCUUGAUAUUACACACUGAGAGAUUCAAGAAACUUGGUGUUGACCCAAUUUUGUACUGAGAGUGUUAUGUUGACUUUCAUUGGAUUGGUAUUUAUAAAUUAUUUUGGUCAUUUUUUCAAUUUAAAAUGUUGUUACUAUGUU